AUAUUAGGCAUCAGUGCGACAGCUGAGCGGCAUUGGCGAAAUUCAAUUUUAGCUUUUCUAUGCUUUUAAACGUUUAAAAAUGGCCCGCAACGAGGAUAAUGGUUUUAGUGAAUGGGGUGGCUACUUCGAGGCCAAGAAAUCGAAGCUGGAGGAGCAGUUCGCCGCCGCCAGCGAUCCAUUUCGCAAGUCGGACUUAUUCGAAGGCAUCUCCAUAUUUGUGAACGGGCGGACCGACCCUUCGGCGGAUGAACUGAAGCGGAUCAUGAUGGUACACGGCGGGACCUUCCACCACUACGAGAGGAGCCACACGACGUACAUAAUAGCCUCCGUGCUGCCCGAUGUCAAGGUGCGGAACAUGAAUCUGAGCAAGUUCAUCGGCGCCAAGUGGGUGGUGGAUUGCCUGGCAAAAGGGAAGAUAGUGGACUACAAGCCCUAUCUGCUGUACACCAACCAGAAGACAUCGCAGCCCAAGCUCAUCUUCGGGAAACCCAAGGACAGCAGCGCAAAUGAGAGCAAAUUGGAUGUGGAUGUGGAGCCGCCGAAAGAUAAAACGCCAAUGGAGGUGGACUCUUCCAAGGAUGAAAUGCAAAUGGAGCUCGGCGGCAUUCUCAAGGAGCUGCAGCAGGCAGUGGCCACUUCGCCAGCAAAGGAGACCAGUGUAUCAGAUGGCAAGAUCACUAACUUAUCAGCCACCUCGAGCAACUCGACCACCGCCCGCACAGCCGCAGAUCCGAACUUCCUGAGUGAAUUCUACAAGAACUCGCGGCUGCAUCACAUCGCCACUCUGGGCGCGGGCUUCAAGCAGUAUGUCUGCCAGUUGCGUCUGGAUCACGGCUCCCAGGGCUUUCCCAAGAGGGAGACACUGAAGUCCCUCGCAAGAGCCCAGCGAGACGGAUCGGAGCGCUAUGUGAUGCACAUCGACAUGGACUGCUUCUUUGUGUCCGUGGGCCUGAGAGCCCGUCCCGAGCUUCGUGGGCAGCCAAUCGCGGUGACCCACUCGAAGGGAGGCAACGCAGCCACCGAUGUGCCGGUGCAUCCACAGGCGGACAGAAAGGCAGAGCUGGAACUCUUUGCCCAGCGCUUCGAGCACCAAUUCCACGAUGGCGACAAGGCGGAAAAGGUGCGCUCGGGCUUCGAGAAGAAAAUGUCGCUCUCGGAGAUCGCCUCCUGCAGCUACGAGGCUCGCGAGAAGGGCAUCCGCAAUGGCAUGUUUGUGGGCCAGGCUCUGAAGCUUUGUCCCGAGCUUAAGACGAUUCCCUAUGACUUUGAAGGCUACAAGGAGGUGGCUUCCACUCUGUACGACACAGUGGCCCAGUACACCCUGAACAUCGAGGCCGUGAGCUGCGACGAGAUGUUUGUGGAGCUAACCGAUCUGGUCUGCGAACUCAAUGUUGAUGUGAUGGCUUUUGUGAGUCAUCUCAGGCAGGAGGUGCACGCCAAGACGGGAUGUCCGUGCUCAGCAGGGGUGGCAGGCAACAAGUUGCUGGCACGUAUGGCCACCAAGGAGGCCAAGCCGAACGGCCAGUUCUUGUUGGAUGCGAAAAAGGACAUAUUGGCCUAUAUGGCGCCGAUGUCUUUGGAACUACUGCCAGGAGUGGGUAGCAGCAUGAGCCACAAGCUCAAGCUGGCGGGACUCAAUAAUUGCGGAGAUGUGCAGAACUCAUCGCUGGAGAAGCUGGAAACGGUGCUGGGCAAGAAGCUCGGUCAGAAUUUGUUCCAGAACUGCAAGGGAAUCGAUGAUCGUCCUUUGGCCUAUGAGCAGACCCGCAAGACAGUUUCCGCCGAAAUGAACUUCGGCAUUCGCUUUACCAAAUCCGCCGAGUGCGAACAGUUUCUGCGCCAGCUCAGCGAGGAGGUUACAAAGCGUCUGGUUGAGAUCAAGCGCAAGGCUAGAUCGAUUAAUCUGAAGAUAAUGGUGCGCGCCGCCGAAGCGCCAGUCGAAACCUCCAAGUACAUGGGCCACGGCGUUUGCGACACCAUCAACAAGUCCUCACUGAUCAAACAUGCCACGGAUGACGUAAAUGUAAUAACCUCGCUGGUCCUCAACCUGAUGAAGGAAGCCGAUCUACCGCCACACGAGUUGCGUGGCAUUGGCAUACACCUCACUAAGCUGGAGGAUGCCAGCGAGGUGCGGAAGGAGAACAUCAUCAUGCAGAUGUUCGGCAAGAUGUCCGAGAUGAAGAAAGUUGUAGAUAAACCUGUAACCCAAGGAACAGUUGCCGAAAAGCCCACAGGCGAUGAUAAAGCGAACAAACCAGCAGUGGUUGAAGCUAAACCUAAGCCCCGAGAGCCCAGGAAUGUGAUGAGUAUGCUCACGGCAGCAGCGGAGAGCAGGAAACGUGACCAGCUGAGCGAAGACAAGGGUCAAAAGGAAACUCCAAAGCCGAAAACUCGGGUUGUACCCCUGGAGCCAAAGCUGGAUGAGGAUGUCUUGGCACAGCUGCCGGAGGAUAUACGCCUCGAGGUGUUGGCCCAUAGGGAGGAAUACCUGUCCAUAGCCGAGUGCGGUGGAAAGGUUAGGAAACCGGCUCCUCCACGUUAUCCGACCCUCAACUCACCGCCCUUAUCAAAACGCAACCGCUCACCCAAUGUGAGCCCGCUAAACGCCAGCGAUCUUAAGCCAUCUACUUCCCGGGCGGCUGUGGCUAGAAUGCAAAGGCGUACGGACCGCAAGGAGCAGGAGCAGGGCAUCCGAUCGGAUCAGAUUGUGGCCGACUACAUUGAGGAUCUUCCCAAGUUCGUCAAUCCCAAUAUCCUGAAGAUCAUCCCAAAACCCAAGCUGCCCGAGCUGCUGAUGGGGGCCAACUACAAGGACUUGCUGAACGAGUGGGUCAGUCGCGAGGAGGUGCCCAAGCCGACGGACGUGGAUCUCAUUCACCAGCAGGUCUCCCAUAUGAUUAGCAGCGACCAACUGGACCACAUGUACGAUGUGAUGAAGUACUUGUGCCGCAUCAUCAAUGCGAAACGCAGCAGUUCUUGCUGCUGGCACCUGGCCUACAAGCACAUUGAGGAGAAUAUCCAGAGCCAAGUGCUCAAGAUUGAGGGCUACAAUCUGCUCUUCAUUGAGAACAUUCGCUGCAUGAAGUGCACUUAGUGACCUGAACAUGUUGGAUUUGGUUUGCAAAGCCACAUGAGAGUAAUUUUAUGGAUAAGUUAUUUUAUUGCCAUUAAUUCGAGCCAAAAAGAGACAUUCUGAUAAAGGAUUCAAUCCAGAAUACAUAACUGACUUGCUGAUCUCUGGUUAUCAUUUUUAAUAA